CAUAACGGUAAUUUCCUCGUUUUGAUACGGAAUAAUCGCACUGCUGAUAAAUUUAUUAUAAUGCGAUUGUUUAUCCUACAGCAUGGCUUUGGGAUCAAAACAGCAUUUCCUACAGUAGCGCGGAUGUGUAUUUUGCUUGUUUGAAGGUCUGGCGUGUUUCUGACAGUUCUGCGCAUUGCAAGGUAAAUGAGCACGAGGCUAGCCUACUACUGCUGCUGUCGGUGCUUUAGGAAGGACUCCAGUUUGACUGCUGAAGCGAGAUGCAAUGGCCACUCCAUCUCCAGCCAAGAGUAUGGGCGACCCAGGCAUCACGCCUCUUUCCCCCACACACAUACUGAAGGACUCUGAAGAAAAUGAGCCUACAAGACACCCCUAUGUGGUGGUGGUGGCCAUCGACUUUGGCACCACCUCCAGUGGCUACGCAUAUGCCUUCACUAAUGAACCAGAGUUCAUUUACACUAUGAGGCGCUGGGAGGGUGGGGACCCAGGUGUAUACAAUCAGAAGACGCCCACCACCAUUCUUCUGACCCCAGACAGGAAGUUCCACAGUUUUGGUUAUGCAGCCCGAGAUUUUUACCAUGACCUGGAUCCAACUGAGUCUAAGCAAUGGCUCUACCUGGAGAAGUUUAAAAUGAAACUCCACACCACUGCAAAUCUAUCCAUUGGUACAGAUUUAGAUGCGGCCAAUGGGAAAAAGGUGAAAGCUCUGGAUAUUUUUGCUUAUGCUCUGGCCUUUUUUAAGGAGCAGGCACUUAAGGAGCUGAGUGACCAAACAGGGUCAGAUUUUGAUAAUGCUGACGUCAGAUGGGUCAUCACUGUACCGGCCAUCUGGAAAAUGCCAGCCAAGCAGUUUAUGAGAGAGGCAUCGUAUAAGGCUGGUUUGGCUUCUCGUGAAAACCCUGAUCAAAUCAUCAUUGCUCUGGAACCAGAGGCUGCGUCCAUUUACUGCAGAAAACUCCGUCUCCACCAAAUGGUUGAUUUGGGCAACCAAGCGGCUUUGAACGGUUACAGCCCAGCUGAGAAUGUUGGGAUGGGAAUGACCCAGGCCAAGGAGCAUGUGCGCCGUAACCGACAGAGCCGUACCUUUGUGGUGGAGAAUGUCAUAGGAGAGCUCUGGUCUGAACUCACUGAAGGUGACCGUUAUGUGGUUGUGGAUUGUGGAGGAGGGACGGUGGAUCUUACAGUGCAUCAGAUCUGUAUGCCAGAAGGGCACUUGAAGGAGCUUUACAAAGCCUCAGGAGGCCCGUAUGGCUCUAUUGGCAUAGAUUAUGAAUUUGAGAAGCUCCUGUGUAAGAUAUUCGGACAGGAUUUCAUUGACCAGUUUAAGAUCAAGCGUCCUGCUGCCUGGGUGGAUCUGAUGAUUGCGUUUGAGUCCCGUAAAAGGGCAGCGACUCCUGACCGAAGCAACCCGUUAAAUAUUAACCUGCCCUUCUCUUUCAUCGACUACUACAAGAAAUUCAGAGGACACAGCGUAGAGCAUGCGCUGAGGAAGAGCAAUGUGGAGUUUGUGAAGUGGUCUUCGCAGGGCAUGCUGAGGAUGAAUCCAGAUGCAAUGAAUGCACUUUUCAAACCAACUAUAGACCACAUUAUACAGCACCUGACCGAGUUAUUUGAUAGUCCAGAGGUGACAGACAUUAAGUUUCUUUUCCUGGUGGGAGGAUUCGCAGAGUCUCCUCUGCUGCAACAGGCAGUUCAGAAGAUGCUUCAGGGCCGCAGCCGAAUCAUUAUUCCCAAUGAUGUGGGCUUGACCAUCCUCAAGGGGGCGGUGUUGUUCGGCCUGGAUCCCAGCGUCAUAAAGGUGCGCCGCUCUCCACUCACCUACGGCGUGGGUGUCCUGAACCGUUUCGUAGAGGGGAAGCACCCACCAGAGAAGAUGCUUGUGAAGGAAGGUACGCAGUGGUGCACCGACGUCUUCGAUACGUUCAUCUCUGCCGAUCAGUCAGUGGCGCUGGGAGAAACGGUAAAGCGUAGCUACACACCGGCGAAGCCGUCACAGCAGGUGAUCGUCAUUCACGUAUACUGCUCAGAAAAAGAGUCGGUCAGUUUCAUCACGGACCCAGGUGUGAGGAAGUGUGGUACGCUGAAGCUGGAUGUGAGCGGUACUGAGAGCACAGCGGCACGAAGAGAGAUCCAGACGCUCAUGCAGUUCGGAGACACUGAGAUAAGAGCCAUGGCUCUCGACGUGGCAACCUCUCGCAGUGUCAAAGCUAGCAUCGAUUUCCUUAACCAAUAGAAGAAGAUGAGGCAUGCAUAAACCACACACUGCAGAAACUCAGCAUUGUAGUUUUCCAGUAAAAAUAACCAAACAUCCUUAAAACAUGAAAUAUUUGUUCCUUUUAAAAUUGCUUUUUUUUCUUAAAAUGAAUACUUGCACAUUCAAUUGAUACAAAUUCCAAAGUGACAUGUUUGUUACUAAAGAUUUCUAUUUCAAAUGUAAAAAUACAGUACUUUAUCAUAGGAUCCAGAAAAAAACACAUGUAUCGUGCGUUCCACUAAAAUAUUAAGCAGCUCAUCUCUUUUCAAAAUUGAUAAAAAUAAGAAAUGUUAUCUUAAGCCCCAAAAUAGCAUAUUCAAAAGAUCUCUGAAGAAUCAUGUGACACGGUAGGCUGGAGUUAUGGUAAUAAUUACAAAUAACAAAAUUUGCAAAUGCUUUUGUUGUCCUGUUACAAACCUAAAUAUAUUUGUUACUUUUAAAAUUGCUUAAUAUAUUAAAACGCAUUUUUAGAAUAGUUUUUUUCUUAAAAGUAAUACUUGCAUAUUCAAUUGUUCAAAAUUCCAAAGAGACUAUAGACACGUUUGUUACUAAAGAUUUCUAUUUCAAAUGUAAAAAUACAGUACUUUAUCAUAGGAUCCAGAAAAAAACACGUGUAUCAUGCGUUCCACAAAAAUAUUAAACAGCAAAUCUCUUUUCAAAAUUGAUAAAAAUAAGAAAUGUUAUCUUAAGCCCCAAAAUAGCAUAUUCAAAAGAUCUCUGAAGAAUCAUGUGACACAGUAGGGCUGGAGUUAUGGUAAUAAUUACAAAUAACAAAAUUUGCAAAUGCUUUUGUUUUCUUGUUACAAACAUAAACCACUUAAUCUUUAAAAUAUGCUUACAAAAAAGGAAAACUUAAUUCAAGAUGUAUUCUUUAAAAUAGUAUUAAUAUCUUGUGCAGUUUUGCAUCUCAAUUUAUUAUUUUUUUGUUUAAAGGAUGUAUAGAUAUUUUGACUGGAAAGCAAAACAGAAUGCAGAGUAAAAUGUUGUCAAUAUAGAAGAAUACAUGAAAGAAAGAUAAAAUUCAAAAUAGAGAAUGAAUGAGAGAUGAAGGUUUGGAGUCUCUAAUAUACCAUGUUUUGCUGACCUUCCAUGUGACAUUUGCUUUAGUAGUUGUGCGAUUUGUGUUAUUUUAUUUGGUUCUUUCAUUUCUAAUCCACAACUGAACUCCACAAGAUGAAACUUCUCAUAUCUGGCCAAUGCUGAGUUCAUUUUGUCUCAUUGAUUCUCAUCUAGUCUCAGUCCCUUAUUCUCUUUAUGCUUCUAUUUUAGUCUGUUUGCAUUCUUAGUGGCUAUUUUCUGCACAGAGAUGCAAACUCUGCAUGGAUAGAGCCUAAAUACAGCUGCAUAUUGCUAGUAGUGCAAUUUGGGAUAGCACUCUAUAAUAACUUAGCAAGACAAGUUCAGGUUAAGGCAGCUACAUUAGCCUUAAAUACACACCAUGGCAGAACUAUACAAUUUUUCUCUUAGAAAACAUACUGCUUUGCUCUUAAACUCUGGUCUAUUACCUUCAGGGCCCAGUCCAGAUACCAUGAUGAGGUAAAGCAGAUGGUUUUGACUACUGGAUUUGUGACCAAUUUGUUAGUCUGAAACAUAGACUCAGUAUGUUCUCCAUCGCAAACAUUUAGGACUAUUGAGAAUGGUACCGAAACCUGAGCUACACAUCACAAAGGUGCUGAUUCCUGUGACAACAUUACUAUCAGUUCACGAGUUCACAUCUACGUAUAUUAAUACCGUAGGUUUAUGCGUAUUUGGCGUGCUGUCCGGGUGGAGGGCUCCGAGCUCGGGAUGUGGCCCGAAUCCAAAGUACUCCCCCCGGUUGUGGUAAGAGUAGAUGGAUCUAUAAGUGAGGAGAAAUGGGGUGGAGGAGGGAUGCUGAAAACUGUCAAUGAACAGAGAUAGGUUCUGCUGUUAUUUAUACCUUGUCAUGAGUUGAUUACUGAUUGGUCUCCACUUGUGUUAAUCAGGUUAAUGAACUGGGACUGUUCCUCCCGAACUUUGUUAUAAAACAGCAUUUUUUCUCACUAGUGCUACAGGGCUGUGGCAAAACAUUUUUUUUAUUAAUAUUUAUUGUUCUUACAUCUCAUUAUGUUGACUUUUUGUCUGUUUUUAUUUUAUUUUUUGUAAGUCAAGGCAUGUGAGAAGUUAUGGACCGUGAAAUUCAGCAUAUCUUCAUAUUGUUGGUCAGUAUGUUGCGCUAAGCAGAAUGAGAAUGCAUAAAUCCUAGAAUGUGAAUCUUAAUCAUCGUUUGAAGUGGCAGUGACAGAGAAACAGCUAGCUGUACCUGCAACAUGAUUUGAAAAAAUAGCCAUUGCUAUAUGCUAGUUGCCUUUAAUCCUGCUCCUUAGAAAGAGAAGCCACAGAUUUGUUUUUCUCUCUAUUUUUGUUUAGGAGAUUAUUUUGGGGAAUAUGUGACAAAAUAAAUGUUUAUUUCUGUAUAUACAGUAUUUAAAGAGAUUGUACAGGUUUUUAGUGUUGUUUUUGCAUUAGCAGCUUUAUGAACAGUGUGUGUAUGCAGGCCUUAAGAGCACACAUUCUUUCUUCCACUCUCACCAGCUUUCAUUUGUAUACUAAAUUAAUUUAUUAACCUAAUCCAAACCCAAACAUGACCCCCAAGUCUGAAAUGUAAUCCCAUUCCCAAAAACCAUAACCCCCAAACUACACCCCCUGUAGACCAUUUGUAACUUAACCCCAAACAAACCUCUAAUUUCCCAUUUUCAAAUUCCCAAAUGCAUUUGUUUACUCUAUAAGAAACAAGACCUUUGAAAAAACCUUUGAACUUAUCUUUAAUCACAGUUAUCAUUUGAAACAAGAACUUUGUUUGGGAAAUGAGGUGAGUGAUUUGUGGUCUGUAGAUUAUGCCACUAAUGACAGGCAAUAUUCAUGUGUUUGGUUUGGAAGGCACUGAGAUAAAUGCAAUGCUAAAAAAAAAAGAAAGCAAUAAAGGUAUUGCAAUGUGACGUUCUACAAUGUAUUCCCACUUAUUCCAUCAUGCUGUUCUGCCAUUGUGAAGUCUGUGUGUCAAAGCUUCAGCUGCAAAAUUGUAAUGUUACUAUGGAAAUGUAUUAAUCAACCAUUUUAGAUCAUUGAGCUGAUGAUAACUGAACAUUUUUAUUGUUUGAAAGUCAGUGUGUAACUCAACUACGGCGAUCUUUGGGAUCUCUGUCAUGCAGUAGCUUUUCCAUAGAUUUGCAAUAGCAAUACAAGACAAGAAGCGGCAAAUAGUUUUCGCACAGGACAGUUAAUAUUUGUGAGAAUAGCAGAGAUCCUGGAUCAAAACAUGAUGGAUCAGAAGUUUCCUUCUAGAAAAUCAUGCAAAGCAUCUGCACAGAUUGUGAAUAAAACAUCAUCAAAUAAUAUAAUAUCAUUAAAAAUGAAAAAAAAAAAAAAAUAGCAAGAUACAUGCAGGAUAAAAUGCUUAAGCUUAUCAAUGUAAUCUGGAUUCGCUGCUCAUUUGAUUGUUAAUUGCUAAUAAUUGCAUAUGAUCUGCACGAUUCGCAUGAGAGACCAACAAAUGAGACCUUUUUUAUUUUUUGGUAAUAUUCUAUUGUAAAUCUUUGGAUAAUAAAAUCCAAGCUACCACAGAUCACUCUCUCAUUUGAUGUGCAAGGCAAUAGAAGCAGGAAGUGAUCUCAUCACGUGUAAUGUGCAUGCACUUGUAGGGCAGAGCACACACACAGACACACUCCAGAUUUGUGGAUUAAACACACUUUUUGUGCUGAUAGUGUGAAUGUUAAAAGAUUAAAUCUGGUUUAAACAUUUGCUUUUUUUCUACUCAUGGGCAUUUUUUUUAUUUGAUAACACAAAAAAAGUAUAGCCUCUUUAUAAAAUGUAGUUCUUGCUAUGAUAUGCUUGUACAAGCACAUAAAGAGUUCUAUCCAUUUGUUAUUUUUUGUUUAUCAGUUUAAUUUUGAUCACUCAGCCUGAAUUAUUAAGAGGUACAUUGCUGUAGAGGGACGUUUGCUAAUAAUUCACUGUGAAUUUGAUUUUGAAUGGCUUUUUGGAAUUAUUUUAUUUAACUGGUUUUUGCUAAAAGAAAACCGACCAGUUCAUAGGAUUAGAAAAACAGAAGAAUUUCAAUGUUUGCUAGAGUCUGUGCUUUAAAUGCUUGAUAGUCUCUUAGUCGUUCACUAGAGCUGACGUGGACUUCCACUCGCUGUGUAAACUCACAAACUAUACCUACUGGGUUAUUUUUAAUCAGUGGAUACAGUAUCACUGCUCUUGCCAUAUGCAUAUCCAAAAAGAUUCAAUGCCAAGUACUAACAGCUAAACUGUCACCCAAUAAAAAGUAUGUGUAUUUCAAAAAA